GAACAGUAAAAAGAAUCAUAUCAGAUCAAACUCGUAUUAGGAGGAGACUAUACUCAUGGCCUAUGAGACAGAGGAUUCUGAGACUCAAUACUGCUUUCCUGCCAUUAACUCAUCAUGCAUCAAGACAAAACGCUCCACACAUGAUUACAAUAUCAUGUAUGUGUUUUUUUCAUUGCUGUCAGUAUGGACUGUGUUUCUGAAUCUGCUAGUGAUCAUCUCCAUCUCUCACUUCAAGAAGCUUCACAAUCCAACCAACAUGCUCAUUCUCUCUCUGGCUGUGGCCGACCUGCUCGUAGGACUUAUUGUCAUGCCAUUGGAGGCGAUUAGGCUGAUUGAAACAUGUUGGUUCUUUGGAGACACUAUCUGUAGACUGUUUAUAUUAAUCAUGGGAUUGCUCCUCUCUGCAUCUCUAAGUAAUUUAGUUUUAAUAGCUGUUGACCGUUAUGUGGCUGUGUGUCACCCUCUGCUGUACCCACAGAAAAUAACAAUGACAAGAACAAUAAUUAUUAUCUGUGUAUCCUGGUUCUACUCUUCAGCUUAUAACAUUUCAGUUAUUAUAACUACCUCACAAAGAAAAUACACAUGUUAUGGAGAAUGUACAUUUAUGAUUACUUUUGCCUUGACAAUCAUUGACCUGUUUCUGUCUUUCCUAUUUCCUUGUACCUUCAUUAUAACUUUAUAUUUGAGAAUCUUCUAUGUCGCACAUCAUCAAGUGAAAGUUAUAAACUCUCUGAUGAGGAGUGGAAAACAUCUAACAGAAGGUUCAGUGAGGAGGAAAUCUGAGAGUAAAGCCGCUCUGACAUUAGGAAUCAUUGUGACGGUUUAUCUGCUUUGCUGGAUUCCCUUUUUUAUUUUAACUCUAAUACCAAACACAAGCAUGACUUCUGCUAUAGCCUAUUUUAUGUUAUGGAUGUUGUAUAUUAAUUCAGGUGUGAAUCCUCUCAUCUAUGCAAUAUUUUACCCCUGGUUUAGAGCGUCAGUUAAACACAUCCUAAAUCUAUCCAAAAUAUUUAUACCAGCAUAA